CAAGCCGCAUGAACUCUUAAUGCCAGCGCCUUGUUAACCUGACGUGGCACCUGAACGCACCGCGACAAUAACCGGAUUACAAUUUGGCUUCCCACAAAAUGUCGAAAUUGCGCGCGUGAAAUUCCCAUCAAGUCGCUGUCUUUGCAGGUUUAAUGAGUCAUGACAUUAACUGAGCCUAAGGUUGUUCCUCCCACGCCCCUCCAGCCCACUCCUCUCUUUAUUUAAGGCGCUCCUCUGCUGCAGCCCUCAGAGCAGCAGGCGCACAGUCAGCGCAGCUCUCUCCUGCCGCCGCGGAGGGACGAGAGCUCCAGCUUUGUCACGUUUUCCCGGAUUUACCCGUCAGCUCGUCACGAUGAGACUUGUUCCAGUCGUGCUGGCGGUUACGGCUCUGUUGACAGGAAAUCUUGCGCUUCCAGUUGGCAAAGAAGAGCAGAGAGAGGAUGUGGUAACACGAUGUUUGGUUGAAGUCCUGUCCAAAGCUCUCUCCAAACCGGACUCUCAGGUCGAUCAGCAAUGCAAAGACAUCAUCCAAGCAGGAAUUAUACAUGCCCCGUUGGACAAGAAGAGUGGGGAUGCCUCAGUAACUCAUGAAGAGAUAGUAAAAGUUCACGCAGAGCCAGUGGCAAAGGCAGCAGAUGUGAAAGACAUCGAGGAACUCCUGAAGUCUGUGGAAGAAAAACGAGAAAACCCAGAAGAUGAGCGCAGCCAAGAAUCCUGGAGUCUGGGUGAUGAGAAGGACAAGAGACAUGAGAACGAUGUGGAAGAAGAACGGGAGAAGAGGAGCAGCUGGAGGCCUGGAAGAUUCCACCAAAGAAAGCACAAACGAGGAGAGGAAGAAGAGGAUGGCGAGCGCAGCCAAGAGAGUUGGGGAGUAGAUGAAAAGAGGUCAGACGAUGAGGAAGAGGAAGAUGAAGACAGAGAGAAGAGGAACUGGAGGCCUGGAAGAUACCACCAAAGAAAACACAAACGAGAUGAGGAACCUCUAGGAGACGAUGAGGUAGAUGAGGAGCGUAGCCAAGAGCGCUGGGAAGCAGACAAAAGGCACCGGGAUGAGAAUGAGGAGGAGAGAUACAGGCGCAUUUGGAAACCCACACAUCGCUAUCAUCACAAGAAAACACUCCACAAACGGAAUGAUGAGCCAUCAGAGGGCGAGGAAGAUGGAGAACGUAGCCAGGAGUACUGGGAUUUUGAUACCGGAAGAGAUAAGAGGAACUGGAGACCUGGCAGGUACCACCAGAGGAGACACAAACGAGAUGAAGAGCUGUCAGAAGAAGCCAAAGAGGAGCCAGAAGAAGAACGCAGUCAGGAAUACUGGGAUUUUGACACUGGAAGGGAGAAGAGAGAAUGGCGGCCUGGCAGGUACCACCAGAGGAGACACAAACGGGAUGAAGAGCUGUCAGAUGAAGCUAGGGAUGAACCGGAUGAAGAACGCAGCCAAGAAGACUGGGAUUUUGACACUGGAAGAGAGAAGAGAAACUGGAGGCCCGGCAGGUACCACCAGAGGAGACACAAACGGGAUGAAGAGCCGUCAGAUGAAGCUAGGGAUGAACCGGAUGAAGAACGCAGCCAAGAAGACUGGGAUUUUGACACUGGAAGAGAGAAGAGAAACUGGAGGCCCGGCAGGUACCACCAGAGGAGACACAAACGGGAUGAAGAGCCGUCAGAUGAAGCUAGGGAUGAACCGGAUGAAGAACGCAGCCAAGAAGACUGGGAUUUUGAUACUGGAAGAGAUAAGAGGGACUGGAGACCUGGCCGAUACCACCAGAGGAGACACAAACGAGAUGAAGAGCUGUCAGAGGAAGCCAGAGAGGAGCCAGAUGAAGAACGCAGCCAGGAAUACUUUGAUUUUGACACUGGAAGAGAGAGGAGAAACUGGAGACCCAGCAGGUACCACCAAAAGAAACACAAACGAGAUGAGGAGCUCACAGAAGAAGACGCGGAGGCGGCAAAGGACAGAGACGCAGCUUUGAGAUACCUUGCUGAGAAGCGGAAUCCCUGGAUUUACAGAGGCUACUACCACCCAGCCUGGUUUAAAAGGGAUUCAGAUGAACACACUGCAACCUCAAACAAGAUGGAUGAACUGACCAAGUUGCUGAGCUAUAAGAUAAACCAGCUGGCUAACCACUCUACUCAAGAGGAGGCAAAGAGGAGCUCGCAGCAGAGAGCACUUACACCACAGGAGGAGAAAGAGCUACAGAACCUGGCAGCGAUGGACAUGGAGUUGCAGAAAAUUGCAGCCAAGUUGCAUGAAAACACUGCAUAACUGAAAAACAUUAUGAAAAAAAGUUGCAAUUUUACUGUAUGUCUGCCAGUUUAGUGUGCUUGCAGUGUUAAAAUGAAGAAAAAAAAAAUAAAACCACCAAACCCUGGAGCCUUGCCAAAG